UUGCGGUUGUAGCCAGCUGUUUCCUCAUGGUCCCAGCCGCAGUGUCUGCAGUGUCCGCAGGGGUUGCAGCUGUAGUCAGCUGCUCCCUCGCGAUCCCAUUCGUGGUCCUAGCUGCAGUAUCUGCAGGGGUUGUAGUUGUGGCCAGCUGUUUCACGAUCCCAUUCGUGGUACUGGCAGCCGCAGUAUCUGCAGUAUCUGCGGGGGUUGCGGUUGUAGCCAGCUGUUUCUCCCUUGUGCCAUUCGUGGUCCCAGUCGUAGUACCUGCAGUGUCCACGGGGGUUGCGGUUGUAGCGAGCUACUUCUCCCUUGCGAUCUUAUUCGUGGUCCCUGCCGUAGAGUCAGCAGUGUCCACAGGGGUUGCGGUUGUAGCCAGCUACUUCUCCCUUGCGAUCCAUCCCGUGGUGUCUGCAGAGGUUGUAGCCAGCUGGCCUGCUGGCCAGCUCAUUCUACAAGAACAAGUAACUGAAAGUAAUAGAAGAGGCAGCAAGGAAAAUAGGAACCUUAGUGCAGAUGGCGACCCUCGUGGCCUUGUCCAAGGCGAGCGUUGACAACGUUGAGCGACGCGUCUGUGGCUGUGUAGUCAUUAGUGGAUAUUAGUAGUAAACACAGGUAAACAGUGGUUGAUUACUGGAAAUCAGAAUGAGUUUAUGGAAAA